AACAGCACAGCACAGUUAGGCUCAGACUCACAUGCAGACGCUUUACAUUAUUAACCACCAAACAUGAACCAGAAGGAAAGCACAAUGGCUGUGGGAGAAGUUAUCUACACUUUGUUGGAGGUGCUUAUUGCUGUUAGCUGCUGUCUCGGUAACAUGUUGGUUAUUUUGGCGCUGUGGACCAGUAAAAGCAUUCAACAGCCUACUUUCUGCCUUAUUGUCUGUCUGGCUGUUGCUGACCUAUUGGUUGGCUUUGUGGCCAUACCGAUGGCGGUGUUGGUGGACGGACGAGUGAACACUUCUUUCUACGGCUGUCUCUUCAUCAGCUGUGUGGUCAUCCUGUUGACCCUAGUCUCAGUUUUGUCUCUUGCGGCUAUUGCAGUGGACCGCUUCUUCCGGGUGUUUUUCCCUCUUAGGUACAAAAGGACUGUAACACAGACACAUUCUUGGCUUGUUGUUGCAGCAUGUUGGCUUGUUGCAAUACCACUGAGCUUUGCUCCCAUGCUUGGAUGGUGCAACCAUGAAACCUGGUCUAAGUCCGUCAACUCUACUAUUGUCUGCAGGUUUAUGGAUGUGAUCCCCAUGUCAUACCUGGUUUACUUCAACUUCUUUCUUUGUACCCUGCUACCUCUGUUGGUGAUGACUGUACUGUAUGCCUACCUUUUCUGGACAAUCCGAGGAAACCUUCGAGAGAAACCAGGCAACGGUGCCCAGACACAGUCGCAGAUCUAUCUAAAGAAAGAAAAACAGCUAGCAGGAUCUCUGUCUCUGGUAUUGGCUCUGUUUGCGUUGUCCUGGCUCCCUCUCCACAUAAUAAACUGUAUAUUAUAUUUUGGCGGGCGAGAUUAUGUACCAGCACAAGCUCUCUACAUAGGCAUUCUGCUUUCUCAUGCUAACUCAGCAGUAAACCCAGUUGUGUAUGCGUUCAAAAUACACAAGAUCAAGACAGCGUACCUGAAGCUCUGGAGACGGUAUAUUUCAUGUGGAGAAGAAUAUCAAGGCUCUCAGACAAGCCAGUCGACAGACAACAAUCUCAGUAGUGUGGCCAACAAAGAGUGAAGGAUUUUGUUUGUUCGGUUCUUUUUUUUAAGGAGCAGGUUUGAUUGAUUGUUGACGGUUGAACAUAAUUAAACUUUGGUCAAACAUAUUAACAUUGUGGGAAAAGUUAAGAAAGUCAGUUACAGUAUGUGAAGUUUAAAAUGAUUGAAAUCCAAAAGCUACCUUUUAAAGGAUGAGGAUGAUGUUCUGUGUAUUGAUAAAUAGAAGAUAUCUAGCCAAUUGCACUGAAAUAUCUCUAUUUUCAGGAAUCUGUUUGUGUUUGUGUGACUUGUAUGUGGGUUAAGAUGUGGAUGUGGACUGUCUAGUAGAAGGAAAUGGCCACUUCCACUGUCUUAAGAGCUUUAGUUUCAUAUCACUGUUGUGCUUCUGUUUCUAUUGGAGUUGCAGUUCUUUUGUCAAUUCCACAUAAAGCCCACACUGUGUUGGAAAUUACCUUCACCAUCUUUGAAAAGGAAUUGAACUUUAAUGACACUAGAAAGAUAAAUUCAGAUAUCUUAAGCAUUAUUGUUGUGUUGGGAAGUUGGGAACAUUCAUUUUAUGGCUUGUAGCCGUGUACACCCGACUAGAAAAAUAGAAACCCAUGUACAAUGUUCUAUAGUCAAACAGUCCUGUCCUCUUCAGGUCAUAUUAGACCGGUGUGACAUGUAUGGUAAUUUAUUUGAAUCUGUAGUUUCCAAUCCAUUUGUAUAGGAUUGGAUAGCAUAUAAAUCUUAUAAUAAUAUGUCUUCCCCCAUUGGAAAGGAAGUAGAAAAAACUAAACAUUUCAAAAGACUGCAGUCUAACACAACACCACCACAAAAUACAGCCUCAAGAAUUACCCAAAAGCUGAGUCAACUAGUCUAAACAACAUUCACACCUUACAAGCAUCACAAAGGAAGCAUUUAUUGCAGAACAGUUGUAUUGGAUAGCAUUAGGUUACGCAGAUAUUUAUAGUUUUCUGGUCAAUGUGUUGACUACAAUAUGGAAUAUCACCAAUACGUUACCAACUACCAGUUGUACUACCACAGUUAACAAGAAGCAUAAACAAUAUACUGUACAGAUGUUUUUUUUGUA